AUGGCCAAAAAAAGAAAGGCUGCACGCACGGUGCAAACCUCCGCCCCACGGGGACAAAAUGAUCGCUAUGGCGCCGAAGAAACCUUUGACGACUCGGAAGACGAGUUUUUCGCGGAGAGAGACAAGGUGCUGCUCGAUGAGGCACCUGCUGCGAAGAGGAGGAGGAAGCUACAAGACCAAGAGCGCGAUCUGGAGCCGUCGGACGAGGAGGUCUACCAGGACCCGGCGAGUGAAGAUGAGUCCGAAGAUGAUGACGAGGGAAGUACUGGCCAGGCUGAAGAUGAUGGAGAGGAAGAAGAAGGAGAUGAUGGCAACUGGGGAACAUCCAAGGCCGACUAUUACAAUGCUGAUGUGAUCGAGACCGAAGCCGAUGCGUUGGAAGAAGAACAAGAGGCUAGGAGGCUGCAGCUGAAACAACUCAAGGCCAUGACAGAGGCAGAUUUUGGGUUCGACGAGAGUGCUUGGAUCGGCGACAACAAGCAGUCUCAGGAGAAACGGGCAGCGGUGGAGAAACUGCCCGAACUCCAGAUCCCUGAGGAUGCGAACGUCGACCAACGGAUUAAAAUCCUGAAAUCGAGAUACCCAGAGUUCGAGCCGCUGACGGAAGACUUUCUCUCCUUACAAGACACAUACCGGUCACUGAAGAAGGAAGCCGAGAUCGAAGGACAACACGAUGGCGGUGUCACGCUGACAAAAUUUCGAGCCGUGUCUGCAUACCUCGGGGCAGUGGCCAUGUAUCUUGCUCUACUGACUUCCACCAAGACAGGCAUGGCGCUGGCCCCGGCAGAGCUCCGAGACCAUCCCGUGAUGUCGAACCUUGUCCGCUGUCGCCAGCUGUGGCAGGAAGCUGAAUCCCUGCAGCCAAUAGAACCCGUUGGAAAACCAGAGUUGGAACCACCAGCCGUUGUGUCACAGGAUGUACCUAGGGAGAUUUCGCGACAACCUGUGAAAAAGAAGUCCAAGACAAAGACAAAGCAGGCGUCUCUGGAGCCACCCUCCGCCCCCGAGAUUCAAGAGACGCGCAUCAAGUCGAAAAGGGACAAGAAACCAAAGAGAAGUGAAUUACAAGAACUACUAUCGUCGUCAAUGCGGAAAUCGACGAAUGAAGAAGAAUCCGACUUUGGAGACGAGAAUCCCCUGACUCAAGAGGAGGCAGCGGAGAAGGCUCGACGCAAGAAGUCUUUGAGGUUCUACACCUCGCAGAUUGUGCAGAAAGCCAAUAAACGAGGCGCGGCGUCGCGACAGGCCGGAGGUGACGACGAUCUGCCUUACAAAGAGCGUCUCCGAGAUAAACAGGAACGGCUGAUGCGCGAGGCCGAGCAGAGAGGCCGAGCAACCGCGGACGAGCGGGAGGUUCUUGAUGGUCAGGACCAUGAUGACGACGAUGGUAGUGACGUCGAAGUCGGCCGGAAAAUCAACGACGAGGCCAACGAGUACUACGACAUGCUGGUCACCAACGCGCAGCAGAAGAAAGCCGCCAAGCGCGCCCGAGCAGAGGCCUACGCCGAAGCGGCCCGACUCGGCGGCCAGGUGCGCGAGGAGGCCGAAGAGGUGGUUGGGCCGGACGGCAAGCGCAAGAUCACGUACGCGAUCGAGAAGAACAAGGGGUUGGCGCCCAAGCGGAAGAAGGAGGUGCGCAACCCGCGCGUCAAGAAGCGCAAGAAGUUUGACGAGAAGAUGAAGAAGCUGGCGUCCGUUCGGCAAGUGUAUAAAGGUGGCGAAGGACGUGGUGGCUACGGCGGCGAGGCCACGGGCAUCAAGGCCAACUUGGUCAAGAGCAUUAAAUUGUGA